AAAAAGAAUUCAUGCUUUUAAGAAACGUUCUCAAUUCAAUUGCAGCCCGAUUUGUGGAAAAAGUUUUUUAAAAAGAAUUCAUGCUUUUAAGAAGCGUUCUCAAUUCAUUUGCUGGGGAUUUUUGACAUCAUGUGUACGUCAGUCAUGUUUCCUGUCAAACAAGAAUAACCUAGAUGUGACACAUCCUGGGCGUGGCCUCCAGCUACCUGCUCCUCUGGUUUGAGGUGGUCACCUGAUCUGAUGCUCAGACCUGCAUGGGCUUACAUCCCUGACCAAAUUCCGCUAAAGAAAAAAGAAAAUGGGCUUGCAAACUUCUUGAUGCACUGUUUGCGCUUUUUCACCUGCGUGCCGGGUGCGACUUCUUCCUGGACUCUACUUCGUUCUUCUUCUUCAGACUGCGGCUUCAGCUUCUGUUCCGUGCGCGCUCAUCUCGAGGAAUCUUCAGACCACCUUUUUGUAAGACCAAAUCACUGGUGACAAAAUUCCAACGGCACCAAGACAUCUUAACUUCACCAGUAACCCCCAGUAGUGCUGGUUGCUGCUCCAUCAAGGAAAGUGCUAACAGGUUUGCCUUAUUAUGUCUUCCUGGCAUGGAGGUGGUUGAGAUGGAGGAGGAUUACCCAUUGUUUCAAUACACCUGAUUUAAGGUUACUUCAAUGUGUCAUCUGCUGACAGUCUGUGUAACCCGAGGACGACACCACAACGCUUGGUUUCCUCACCUCGAGCCAAUGAGACAUAUUCAAAGGCUCAGUGCUUUGGUUCUCUUCGUCACCUUGUUUCUGAUCUUCUUCUACUCGACCCUACACCUGGAGACGGCCUACAGUCUCAGGACGGGACCAGAGGACCUCCUGGAGGUUCCCAGCAUCCAGCAGGUUCCCAUCCUCCAGGAGGUCCCCAUUCUCCAGGAGGUCCCCAUCCUCCAGGUGGUCCAGGUCUACGACAGAGAUAGGACUGCACAGUCAUCCAAACAGGAGAGAUUCCCCACUCCCACCCCUGCUGUCCUCAAUGUGUCUGUCUCUGAUGGCCUCAGACAGGCCAUCCCUCCAAACGGAGCCUACUGGAACCGCCUGCUGUACUCGGCCCUCAAGGGUCUGGUCAAGGGAGAAAACCCUAUCGGCCGCGACUCUGAUUGGUCUCUCUGCAGGCAGAUGAAUCAAGAGCACCUGCAAACCAACGUGCACGACUUCACCACCUACCCGGUCUUAUUUCAGGACUUUGUCCAGGGCAUGAACUGCAGGUCCCCUCCAGUCCUGCUCAAUCAACCCAACAAGUGCAUGUCUGGAGAAGAGAAGGAUGACAACCAGACCUUUCUGCUUUUUACCAUCAAGUCAACUCCUGGAAACUUUGAGCAGAGACAGGCGGUCCGGGAGACCUGGGGUCGAGAAGGGGUGCAUCAGAGUGGCCUGAGGGUGCACACUGUGUUUCUGCUGGGUAGCUCCCCACCGGAGGACCCUGACCUCAACUCUCUGCUGUCAUUUGAAGCGGGACACUUUGGGGACCUGCUGCAGUGGGACUUCCAUGAAUCCCUCUUGAACCUGACGCUCAAAAUGAACAUGUUCCUCCAGUGGACGGUUAGAUACUGUCCCGCAGCCUCUUUUGUGUUCAGCGGGGAUGACGAUGUAUUCGUCAACACGCCGACAUUACUCAGCUACCUGCAGUCUCUGGAGCUUCCGAAGGCCUCGGAGCUGUACGCCGGACAAGUCAUAAGCAAAGCAAGUCCCCUCAGGGACCCUAAGAACAAAUACUACAUUCCUCUGAGCUUCUAUGACGGCCCAUACCCCGCGUACGCUGGUGGAGGCGGUUUCAUCAUCUCUGGAGCGUUGCUGCAACGCCUGUAUUCCGCUUCACGUGUCAUUCCUUUCUUCCCCAUCGACGACGUCUACGCUGGGAUGUGCUUUAAGGCUUUGGGGGUUUCUCCUGAGGCAAAUGAAGCCUUUCAGACUUUCGACAUUAACGAGCAGGAUCGUGAGAAUCUGUGCGUAAAUAAGAAACUUAUUCUGAUUCACCGGCGCUCCGCACGGCAGAUGAAGAAGUUGUGGAAGGGCAUCCACAACCCCUUGUUGACUUGUUGAACUGGACUGGUGACCAAAAGAGGAAGCGUUCACUGAAGCUUAUUUAAGCCAUGUCCUUUUUCACGAUGAUUCAGCAAAAGGAUAUGUAAUUGAUUCAUUUGACAUCUUGUCUGUUCCAGCAGGAACUAAAUGGAGGUUUGGUCACUGUGCUUGUAUUUAAGUUAUGAGCAUGUGUUUCCUGAUAGAAUAGAGCCUUAAUAAGUCGAGGAAGCAUUCAGCAGUUUAAGUGGGAGUUUCAGCAUCAGGGGUCAAGAUUCAAGUCAAAUUGAACAAUCUUUAGAGCUGUCAUUAGCCUAACUUCCUUUUUUGAAUGUGAAUAAACAAAACUAAUUCAACCAA